CAUACAUUUCCUUUCUGUCUCUUCCUGCACCGUUUACCGUUCGUGUGUUCGUUUUUAUCCGGAAGUCUGUGUCUUCCGACGUAGAAGGAUGUGGGAUUCAUCGGUGUUUCUCAGCACGCUGACUCCCAAAUUCUACGUUGCCCUUACCGGCACAUCUAGUCUCAUUUCCGGGUUGAUACUAAUAUUCGAAUGGUGGUACUUCCGGAAGUAUGGAACAUCUUUCAUCGAACAAGUAUCUAUCAAUCACAUCAGUCCGUGGAUAAGUGGUAACGACAAUGGCACCGAUUCGCCGGCCCCAGCCAAUACGAGCGGCAGUACGAGUGGUAGUAGUGGUACCACACAAAGUAUGCCCGAAUGUAAAGUUUGGCGCAAUCCGCUCAAUUUGUUUCGUGGUGCGGAGUACCAACGUUUCUACUGGGCCACCCAGAAAGAACCGCUUACGUUCUACGAUAUGAACCUGUCGGCGCAGGACCAUCAGACAUUCUUUACAUGCGAAGGAGACGCUGGUAAGGCCGAGUACGAGAUCAUGCAGACGGCCUGGCGUGAGCGGAACCCUGUCGUUCGAAUCAAAGCGGCCAAAAGUGCACUAGAGCUCAACCCAGACUGUGCCCCGGCCUACAUACUGUUGGCAGAGGAAGAAGCGACCACGAUAGUAGAGGCCGAGAAAAUCCUCCGGACGGCACUGAAAGUGGCCGAAGGUAACUACAAAAGGUCACAAACCUUCCAACAUCAGGGCACGAUCGCCGAAGGCAUCCAUCGGCGCGAUACCAACGUGCUGAUCUACAUCAAGCGUCGGCUGGCCAUGUGUGCCCGCAAGCUCGGCAAGCUGAAGGAAGCCGUGAAGAUGUUCCGCGAUCUGACGAAGGAGAUAUCGCCCAUCAUGAACGUGCUCAAUAUUCACGAGAAUCUGCUCGAGGCGCUGCUGGAAAUGCAAGCAUACGCCGACUGUCAGGCGGUGCUGGCCAAGUACGACGACAUCUCGCUACCAAAGUCGGCCACCAUCUGCUACACGGCCGCGCUGCUAAAAGCGCGCGUGGUUGCCGAAAAGUUCUCGCCCGAUGUGGCAUCCAAGCGCGGUCUCAGCCCGGCGGAGAUGAGUGCGGUCGAGGCGAUUCAUCGGGCGGUGGAGUUUAACCCGCAUGUGCCGAAGUAUCUGCUCGAGAUGAAGCAACUCAUACUACCGCCGGAACACAUCCUGAAGCGUGGUGACUCCGAGGCACUAGCGUACGCGUUCUUCCAUCUCAGCCACUGGAAGAACGUCGAGGGCGCUCUAAAUCUGCUACACUGCACCUGGGAGGGUACGUUUCGCAUGCUGCCGUACCCGCUGGAACGUGGCCAUCUCUUCUAUCCGUACCCAACGUGCACGGAGUGUGCGGACCGUGAACUGCUGCCAGCCUUCCACGAGGUGUCCGUCUAUCCGAAGAAGGAGCUCCCGUUCUUCAUUCUCUUCACAGCCGGACUCUGUUCGAUUACGGCACUGUUGGCGUUGCUCACGCACCAGUAUCCAGAAUCGAUGGGUAUCUUCGCCAGCACGACUCUCAGCUGGUUCUCACUGCCGUUCCACUUCCUUAAGGAGCGUCUCGAGGCGAUCUGGCCCUGCAAUCUACUCCAGCAGCUGUCGCGCAUUUAAAGUACCCGAUGUUCGAACUGACCCCUUACCUGGCUGGCUUUCCUACGUUCUAUACGAUGUGGCAUGAUGGGCCGUUGUGCUGGGACGCAUUUUCGUUAGCUCGCCCCCUCUCUUUCCUCAUGCCUAUCGGUUUAACGCCUCCACAAUCCUUAUUUUAGUUUGUCAUAUCCUCUGGCUUCUUAAUCGACGCAAAAAUGCUCCCUCUCGCCAUCAUUGACCUCUCAUUGCCCAACCUGUAUGCGUAGCACAAAGGCGGAAGGAAGAUAAACGAAACAGGAAACAGGGAGUCGAAUAACUUAAUCCUGCUGAAUGUCUUAAGCACAAACUAGGCGGCGUACGUCGUGAACAAAGUGGUGCGUAGUGGCGCGCCUGUUUCUCGAGGGUCUGCCCGCGCACUCAAUCCCGAUCUCGCGGUGGUGUAGUGCUGUAAUAAAUUUAAUGUGAAUGAGUGUAAUUUAAGCGACUGCGUAGUGUCACAGCUCCGCGACUUUGGUCUCCAUUUUAUGUCGUUAGUUUCGUUCUGUAUGUGUGCGAACGUGUAUGAUUAAACAUUGAAUAAACAUACAAUUAUAAAUUAUUGAACAGAAGUAAUCGCA